UUUUGCCGCGUGACCCCACGCCGUGAUUCUGUACCGACACUUUGGACUUGAUGUCCAAUACUUCAGAAAUUGACAGUGAUGUCUUUGAAGAUUGCACAACCGUAAAAGAUAAUUUUGCUAAAACUGUUUCAGAAUUUACUAAGUGCUCUAUUAAUUAUUCCAGACCCAUAACGUUAUGCAAAAGUUGUAUUGAUGUUUAUGUCGACCUAUUGGAGAGUUACAAAAAUUUGUCGAAGGUAUCCGUAAAUGGAACAGAAUGUCUUCACUACUAUAUAAAUUUAGAUAGGUUACAAGUUUUAGAAACACAAUAUUCUAAUUCUAUUAAUCUUUGGAAUCGAGCAAAAUGUUACGAAUGUUAUGUAGUUGAAAAUGGAACCCAAACUCGUACAGAGUCAAAAAUGGCAAAAACAUUUCACAAUUACUACAAUAGCUUUAGUAAUUGUACUGUAAAUACAGAUGCUGAGGCUUUGUGUAGUCACUGCAUGGAUGAUUAUAUUAUUUUAAGUAAUUUUUAUGGAAGCAUUAGUAACGCGAAUGAAAGAAUUGGAGUUUGUAUCGACUUGGAGGAUUUAAUGAAUGGCACAUGGAAUUCCUGGAGUGUUAACUGUUGUAAAUUUAGAAGACACAAUGAAUAUGUAUUUAUAGUUUCUACUUCAAGCGUUUUGAUAAUAACGGUUCUAUUAUAUAUCGUUGUUCAGUUUUGUGGUGAGAAAAAGGCUCCGAUAAUUAUUCAACAAUCUAGAUUUGCAGAAUCUGUUAACAGAUUUUAAGAGCUAUUUUUUCAUCCAAGUAUUUAAGACUGAAGCUUUUAUGCAAUAUUUAAGAUUUCAUUGCAUAAAUAAGGUAUUUAAUUUAAUGUUUUCUACAAUUACAUGAAUGAAAAGAAAAUGGAUAGAUAUGUUGCUCAAUCUCUUUAGUUUAGUUACAAUCUAUCUGAUAUUAAAAUAGUACAAAAAAUUGCAUAAAUCAUUGGCAAAUACUAUUUUAAAUAUUAAUAAAAAUGUAGAGAUUUUCAUUACAUCCGGUCCAUACAAAUAUUUUCGUUAACAUAACAACAAUCAUCUUUAAAUGAAGUCAAUAAUUUAACAGUUGUUCAGAAAAAUGUUUAGAUUUCUAGAACUUCUAAGACAUUAAAUAAAUUUUAAAUGUAUUAAUUCUUAUUAUCAAGGACUAUAGUUUUCAAUGA